UGUGGGAAAACAGCUAAUUUGUUACGAGACUUGGAAUAUAAGGAUGAUGGCUGUUUCUCAAAAUUCAAAUAUCUCUGUCGGUGCAUUUUUUAGCAGUUCUUCUGGUGGUUUGGAAACACCGGCAGGUGUUUCUUUGGUGAUGCAGUCUCAACCAGAACGAGUCAAGCAAGAGGAGAUAACUGAAACGGAGAAGCUGAACAAAAAGAAGUUCUCGUUUGAAAAGCUGCAUAUAAAAUACGGUCAGAACCGUCCAUGGCCAGAAACAAUGAAGGUUGUUCGUCAAGCCAUGGAGAAACGCCCUGUUCUCAGUCCUGGGGAUCAUCAACACUUGGUGAACUGUCUGGAGUCUCUUCAAAAAGCACUUCAAGUGGGAUCACUUUCAUCAAUGACAGAUCGACUGGAAUCGAUUGCCAGACAGAAUAACCUUAGUUCCCACCUAAGUCCUUCAGGAACUGUGUGUUACAUUACCUCAGAUAUGUUCUAUCUGGAAGUUGUGCUAGACCCUUCGGGAGAAGUAUGCGAUGUUAAAGUGGCUCACCUAGGUGAAAACCUUGUGAGUUGCCCAGAGCUGGUGCAGCAUUUAAGAGAGAAGGACUUUGAAGCAUUUUCAAAACAUUUAAAGGGCAUCGUCAGUUUAUAUAGGCUCCCGGGAGAUAACAAAUUGAAGACUAAAAUGUAUUUGCCUCUCCAGUCGCUGGAACUUGACCUUAAUAAGAUGUCUGCUAUGUAUGGACAAGCCACCAAUGCAAGUACAUUGGACACAAUUCUUUAUGGAAGUGUUGGACUUUUAACUGCAAGGAGUGGAGUCAAACAUCAGUUGCACAUGCAUGUUGACUAUCUUUUGAAGGGCAAAGAAGCAUUCUGUUUUGUAUGCUGCUGCUUUAUAAACUAUUUUUUUUUUCCAGCUUCCUCUGGACUUCUUCAGUUUGAAGUAUGUCCACUGACUGACACUUGUUUUAGUGUAUCCUUCCAGCAUCCUGUCAAUGAAUCUCUGGUGUGUGCUGUAAUGGAUGUUAUGGGAGCAAGGCAUGUGAACUGCAAACUGUACAAAGGACUCUCAGAUGCUCUCAUCUGUAUAGAUGACUUCAUUGCCAGAGUUGUUCAGAGAUGUAUGUCCAUCCCAGUGACCAUGAGAGCAAUACGGAGGAAGGCUGAAACAAUCCAGGCUGACACACCAGCUCUUCCUCUUAUUGCUGAGACAGUAGAAGAUCUGGUUAAGAAAAAUCUGCCUCCAGCCAGCAGUCCAGGGUAUGGUAUGGGCACAGGAAGUAAUCCUCUUAGUGGUGCCACUACACCAACUAGUUCCUUUUGUGGGUCCAUUAAUAGUUUAUUUAACUUGAGUAUAUGCCCAAAAGAAAAGCACGAUUCCAUUGGCCAUAGUGAAGACAUCAACAAGGUUACACAGAAUCCUAUUCUUUCUAGUUUGCUUCAUGGAAACGUUGGUCCUUCAAUUGGUUCAAGUCCAACCCCUCCUCGGCAUACACCCCCACCAGUUUCAUCUCCAGCAAGCAAUACUAAAAAUCAUCCAAUGCUCUUGAAUUUGUUGAAAGAUAACCCACCACAAGAUAUCUCAACCCUUUAUGGAAGCAGUCCACUUGAAAAACAGAACUCAUCCUCUGGAUCACCAAGGAUGGACAUUAGUGGUGGGGCAGUCAAACAAAAGAAGAAAAGACUGAGACAACCCUCAGACAAACCGAAGCAUCAAACUGAAGAUGAUUUCCAGAAAGAACUGUUUUCUAUGGAUGUUGAUUCACAGAAUACUAUUUUUGAUGUCAACAUGAGUGGCGAUUCUUUAGACAAUCCUCAUAUUACUCCUACUGCUAAUCAGUGCAGCACUUCACCUACAGUGUAUCAGCAGCCUAUUGCACAUAUACAGUCCAGUUUACCAAGAAUUGCUCGUUUGUCUAGCUCAGACAGCAUUAGUGCCGAAGUUACAGAAAUCCUUUCUGACAUUGCAGAGGAAGCAGAAGAAGCAUCAAAGCUGCCUAUUAGUAGUGAUGACUGCCCACCGAUGGGAUCCCCAUCUAGGGAUUCUUCCAGAUCUGCCCAUUUGUUUGAAGCUGAUGUAUUUCAAUCUGGCAAUGAUGACAGUACAUAUACAGACCCAGCUGACCUGAUUGCUGAUGUUGCAGGUAGUCCAGCUAGUGAUAGCUCAAAUCCUUUUUUCCCAGGAGUUGACUUUAAUCCAGAUUUAUUAGAGACUCGGAGUGAAUUUGAGGAUAUGUAUUUUGAUACUAGCCAUAGUGGUGAGGAUGAGGAUGAUGAUGACGAUGAUGAGUUAAAAGAGUUUCCUUCACAAGCUCUUGGGUCUUUAGGUAUACCUAUUAUGGGGGGCGAUGGAGGAGAUAGCAGAAUUAAAGGGGCUGAUCAGACAGAAACUGUAGAUUUCAGCAUUAUUACAGGCUCAUUGAACAAACCUGUUUUAUCUUCUGAAAUUAUGGACCAUCACAGUGGAAAUCACAGUCCUUUAUUAAGUACUGGUGACCUGAGUAAGGACAAGUCUCAAAAACUACGAAAGGAUGGAAAUGGCACUGGGGGCAGUAGUAUGUCUGGGAUGGGGCUAGAAGGUAAACCUGCAAAACGCAGCAGAACACCAUCCAAUGAUGGAAAAAGUAAGGAUAAACCUCCUAAACGUAAAAAGAAUGAUGCAGAGGUGAAAUCUCCAUCUCACAGUUCAUCAGGGCGACCUUUUACUCCACCUAGCAGUACUGGUGGCUCAAAGUCUCCAGGAAGCUUAGGUGCAUCACAGACCCCACCUGGAGGAGCUACGCCUCCAAUUCCAAAAAUCACAAUUCAAAUUCCCAAAGGUACAGUAUCAGUAGGUAAACCAUCUUCACUUAGCCAGUACACAAGCAGCAGCUCUAUGUCUUCUGGUAGUAAAAGCCAUCAUAGCCAUUCAUCGUCUUCCUCUUCGUCUGGCAAAAUCAAAAGCAAAUCUGAAGGGUCCUCAAGUUCAAAACUUAGCAGUAGUCUUUACUCUGGCCAAAGUAACACCAGUUCAGGGCAAUUAAAAGGUUCUUCCCAGUCUGUAGGAAAGUCUGGCUCUUCACCUGUUGCAAAACAUGGUCUUAGCAGCAGCAGUGGUUCCAGUGGCAGCAAAAUUAAACCUCAAGGAAAGCCAUCAUCUCUAAUGAACCCUUCUGUUAGCAAACAGAAUAUUUCCCCUUCCCAUUCUAGACCAUCUAGUGGCUCAGAGAAGCUGGCAUCUCCCAUGAAAUCUGUUCCAGGAACACCCCCUUCAUCCAAGGCCAAAUCUCCUAUCAGUUCAGGUUCAGGAAGCUCACACAUUUCUGGGACUAGUUCAGGUUCAAGCUUGAAAAGCUCCUCUGGUAUAGUAUCAUCUGGUCCUUGUCAAAAAAACUCUUUGUCGGGCUCAUCUAGCAAUUCUUCAUUUUCUUCGAGUAGUUCAAGUUCUUCUCAGAAUCCACAUGGAAGUUCAAAAGGAAAAUCACCUAGUAGAAACAAGAAACCUUCCUUGACUGCAGUUAUAGACAAACUUAAGCAUGGUGUUGGAAGUGGACCAGGUGGUGAUGACAUUGGAGAUGGUACUUCUGGGGUUGGCCCUACUCCAUCUUCCCAUGGCAUGCCAUCAAAACACAGUAUGUCUAGCGUUGAGUUUCCUGGAAAGAGAGACAAAAGUGAGAAAGACAAAUCCAAACCAGUUUCUACAGGUUCUAGUGAGUCUUCUAAAAAGACAUCAGAUUCCAAAAAUGUUGGAAGCACUGGUGUGGCCAAAAUAAUAAUCAGUAAGCAGGAUGGAGGAUCCCCAACAAUAAAAACAAAGGUGACAUUGCAGAAGCCUGGAGAUGGUAGUGGAGAUGGAUUAAGGCCUCAAAUGCCUGCUUCAAAAAGUUAUGGGUCACCUUUAAUUAGUGGCUCUACCCCAAAGCAUGAACGUUGUUCUCCAAGUCACAGUAAAUCACCAGCUUAUACCCCACAAAAUAUAGACAGUGGUAGUGAGUCUGGGUCCUCCAUAGCAGAGCGGUCCUAUCAGAACAGUCCAAGCUCAGAUGAUGACAUCCGUCCCUUACCUGAAUACAGUUUGUCAGAGAAACAUAAGAAGCACAAAAAAGAAAAGAAAAAAGCAAAAGACAAGGACCGUGAUAGAGAUAAAGAUCGUGAUAAGGAGAGAGAAAAGAAAAAAUCUCAUAGCAUCAAACCAGAAAGUUGGUCUAAAUCUCCUAUUUCUUCUGAGACUUCACUUGCAAUGGCAGCUGGUGCCAUGCUUUCUUCUGAAAGACCAUCACGACCUAGUCCUGGAUUCCUUAUGAAGGAUGAUGAUGAUGAUCUUAUGGAUGUUGCCCUAAUUGGCAGUUAGAGCUGGGUAUUUCAGGAUUUAUCUGUUUUCAAGCAGAAUAUUUUAAAAUUAGGCUUAACCAACAAAGUGAAUGUGACAUCAUUUAACAGCUGUUAAAAAGUAUUUAUUUUAUGGGAUCAUUUUGUUUUGUUCAAAUGUGACUUUUUUAUCUGGAGAAUAUUCUCUAACAUUGUUUUAUGAUUUUAUGUUUGUUAUAAACAUAAAUGUUAGACUGGACUCUAGAAACCAUAUUGUCACUGACACAGUUUUAAAGUUUAUCGUUUGGUAUGAAAGUGUUACUAGAAGUUUAACAUUUUUAGAAAGACUUUUUUAAUCAACAAAGUGUAGAUGUUAGACGCUUCUUCUCUUCCUUACUUUCAAGUAGUGUUAAGACUCAAUGCUGUGUAGGAAAAGCCACUUAAUACUUUCAUUGAAUUAAUUCUAAAAUUUCAAUACAGUGAGCUUCAAUUGCUUUGUCACUGCUGAGAGAAUGCUGUGUAGUGGAAUUUGUGUGUAAAGCUUGCCACAGAACAAAUCUUGCAGCUUUAGCAUCAGAUGUUUGUAAACUGAGGAGGACCAUCAUUCCCAAGUGACUCCCGUUAACACUCCUUUAAAUACUGUUCUUAUUACAUAUGGAAUUCAUCCUUUGUGUAGCCCUUUUGUGCUGUUUACAUGAUUUUUUUGAAGUCCUUUUCACCCUGAGGUUGUUGCAUAGUAUAUUGUUAUCCACCUGUAUUACUAAUUUAAGGUAAAUGGGUUGUGGAAGCUUAGACACUGCAGCUAUUUUACUUUUUAUUCCUCCAUUCAUGCCAGUCCUGCUUAGGCCUUCAGCUGUUAUCUGUGAUUACUUACACAACUCUAUAUCCCCCAUUUGCUCCCCCAAAGCUGUCCCUGACAUACUUUAGUGCUGGGAGGGUCCCUAACAUACCUUAGUGCUGGGACCCACCCCUCUGACUUCUGAAGGAGUUAACUGUACAGUGCUUAUUUGUUAACACUUGGAGAGAGUGAUCCCAUUGGUAGACAUGAGAGACAGCACCAUGAGCUUUCAUUUGCAUGGUGGCAUAUCAACACUCUUUGGUCCUAUAACUCCUCCCAGCAUGCUGGCAUCAUGCUUUUGGCUGCGAGGGCAAUGAGUGGCCUGAAGACAUGCCUGCCCUAGGCUCUUAAAACAUCCUGCCUCCCAGCUCUCCCACACACCCAGCCUGACAGUCAUUCUCACUUGACCGCUGGCCUGCACCAGAGCUUGGCAACAUCACCUAGCCCACUCCCUGUCCCCCAAGGGUAGGAUCACCCAUCCUCCUUGCCUGCACCAUUAAGUACCUGAGCAGCUGAUCAAACUCUGUCACCUGGGCCAGAGGCUACAUUUUUUUCUUGUACACCACUGCUGCAGGAAAAACACUGUAGUCAUUGGUUUGCUAUUGGAAUUUUGAAUCAACUUCCUCAACUGUUUAAAAUGUCAACCCGAAAUGCUGAAUUCCGAGAAGUAAACCAAAGCAAAAAUUAAUACAUUGACCUCCGUGGUUUGAUGUAUUCGACAUAGCAGGAGGUGAUGUCUCUCCCCUCCUGCUAUGCACAUUAGCAUACCAUUGAACUCUACAGUCAACGGUACGUUAAUGCUACUGUUUUGCGGGGGCCUAUGCCCCUGUACACCCCACCCCACUCCCUGCAAGUUAAAUAUACCAACUUUGAGAUCACACUGCAGUGAGGAAAUGGGCCAAUUCCCUGUUCUUCACUGAAGUGCGACCUCCCUGCACAAUGUCAAACCCAAAUUAUCGGCCUACACUACCUGUUCUCUGUAGUGUAGUCGAUCGAUUUUGGGUCAACAUUCUGCCAACUUGGAAAACUGUAAGUCGACCACAUGCUGGUCGAGCGAUGCAUUUUCCAAGUUUUGAUAGUAAACCUAGUCAUUUUAUACUGAGUCCGAUGCACAUUGCAAGUUAAUUCAUGUCUAGUGGUUAACAGCUAUGCUUAUUUUUCUUUGAGAGAUUUUAAUCACCACACAGCCUUUUGAGCUUUGUUCCAGAAGGUUAACCUCUGUGAUUGAAUCUUAAGAAAACUACAGUGCAUGAUUAAUGCACAACCACACACUCUCUAGAUUGCUCUUUCUGUGCUUGUAAUAGCCUCGAAGAGGUCAGUUUGGCAGUUAAACCGAUUGCCUUCACAGUUGCACAUGAGUGACUUUCUUAGUGUUGCACCGGCUCUUGAUUGCGUGGUAUGGCAGUCCCAGCUUUAGAACACCUUACCAUAAUACUGAGGCCUCCUCCUGCCAGCAUUACCUCGCAUUCCCAGUAUUUUAAGCUUAAGGUGGAUGUUGCUUUCCUGUGCUUAUUGUGUUGGUAGCUGCCUUUUGGUAAAAUUAUCACUUAUUUUUCUUUUUUAGUUAAGCUUUUUAUUACUGUAGGCUAUUUCUUCACUGUGUUUGUUUCUUGUGCAUGAUAACUCUCAGAUCUAAAAUGCUGGGUCUAUAUUAUAUUGUCGAAAUGGCCUUACAACGAAUGCCGUUUCCACGAAUCAUUAAGAGCGAAAGUUCAGGACAGCUUGGCCUGAGCUGUGACAUUACCCUUUACCCCAGUGUAGUGCGAUCUCUGAGUUGGUAUGUUUCGUUAAGGGGAGGGCACAGCCCACCACUUUGAAAUGUUUUAACUGGUUUGUUGUGUAAUGUUGGUCUACCGAUUCCCCCCCCCCCCCGUAGGAAAAUAAUCGGUGACCUUGGGUUUCGCUGUUUUUGAAUUUCACUCUGUGUUGUCAAAACGGCAUUCACUGUAAUGCCGUUUCGACAAUAUAAUAUAGACCCAAAAUGCUUGCUAUUUAAAUUAGAGGUCAGAUUAUUAAUGUAGAGUGCCUUGUAUUUAUUGGCUCGCGUGUACUGCCCUUACAAGUCUGUUAUGUUCUAGACAUUUCUUCUUUUUAUGUAAUGUACAUUUGUUUUCUCAACUUGUUGUGUAAACAGCACCAAAGGGCUACCCAAAGAUAGGUUCCAUAUGUUAUGUGAAAAUGACUAGUAUGUCUGUAAUUGAUUUAAACCAUAACAGUGCUUAACUGAGGGCAUUGCCCGAAAAAAAAAUCGGAGACUAUGGAGAUUUGUGUGUUUAACGUAGAGAAUAAGUUGUAUUUGCUUUCUUUAACACUACCAGGUAAACUUUCCACUAAAUACCCUUAAGGUAGUAGAUGAUUUUUUUCUUCUAAUUCUCUCAUUAUGCCAGAAUGUUAGUAAGUUUUUAUCAGCAUAACUGCAAACUUUCCUCCCUGAAGUGUUUGUUUAGUUGUUCCUUUAAAGCAGCUGAUGCUUACAUUGCAGAAAUGCUGCAUUAAAGGUGUUUGUUGUAUCUUCUAGAAAGCCUUACAGUGUGCAUGUGAAAGUGAAUGAAGGAAAGGGUGUUCAAUACAUUAAGUAAUUUAUUAAAAGUAUUACUAGGUAAAAAUAUAGCAGUGAUAUUAUUAGCUAAAAAUAUGGCAGUGAUUCAGAACAAUCACUGAGCAAGCAAAUCUUACUCUAAGAAAGUACACUGUCUAGUUUUGUCAUCCGUUGCAUUAUUUUGUUAGAGAAUAUUACAGUAGCGUCAUUAACAGUAUAUUGUGGCUGGUUGCAUGCAGCUUCUUGCUUGCCUUUUAGGUGAGGGAUAUGAUUUCCCCCCAAAGGCUAGGAGGUCAGUUGUCUUUAGAGAAGGCCCAGCAAAGGAGCAAGUCAGAAUAUCAGAAUUACUGUAAAGUAAAUGUUUCUUGAAAUGUUAAGAAUAUAGUUUGACAAUAAGUGUAUUUAGUGAUAUGUAAAUAUGCCUUAACAUUUUAUAUGUGAAGCUGUGUAAAUAUUUUAUCAUUU